GCUGCGCGCUGCUGAGUGCCAACAUGGCGGCGGGGAGGCAGACAAAGACGGGUCGGGUUCCGAUGUGAGUCCGGGAGGCGGGUGGGGGAAAGUCAACGUGUCGGGCAUCGUGGGUUGGUAUUGGCAACUCUACUGGGAUAUAUCCUCGUUCUGCCCGCCGGCCGGGGGCUCGGGAACCGGACUCAUGGUGUCUGGGAGAGACUGAGCGCUGCCUGGUACUCAGACCUCACGCAAUAUAAAGGCAGAUAAGGAAGGAACCCAUUACUGCCACAUCCCACCCAGGACCAGAAUCCAAGGUGCCCCGGCAUGGUGUCCUGCAACUCGUGGCCUCUCAAACAAGUGAUAUGCGUCCUUCAGCUGACAGCAGUGCUGUGAGCCCUACAGAAACCAUGUCACAUUACACAGAUGAACCUCGAUUUACAAUAGAGCAGAUAGACCUCCUACAGCGGCUGCGACGCACGGGAAUGACCAAGAAUGAGAUUCUCCAUGCGCUGGAGACGUUAGAGCGGCUCGACCAAGAGCACAGUGAUAAAUUCAGCAGGAGGUCCACCUACGGGACAGGUUCCUACAGCAACAACAAUGUUCCAGCCUCUUCCUCUACAGCCACCGCUUCCACCCAGACCCUUCAUUGUGGGAUGUCUCCCUCCCCAAGCAACAGUUGCGACACCUCCCCACAACCUUGCACUACCAAUCAGAACGGGAGGGAGAGCAGCGAGAGGGUGGCCACGUCCAAUGGCAAGUUGUCUCCAACGCGGUAUCAUGCAAAUAGCAUCGGCCCAAGGUCGUACAGCUUCGAAGCCUCGGAGGAAGAUCUAGAUGUGGAUGACAAAGUGGAGGAACUGAUGAGGAGGGACAGCAGUGUCAUCAAAGAAGAAAUCAAGGCGUUUCUUGCCAACAGAAGAAUAUCCCAGGCCGUUGUUGCACAAGUGACUGGUAUCAGUCAGAGCAGGAUCUCUCACUGGCUGCUGCAGCAAGGCUCCGACCUGAGUGAGCAGAAGAAAAGGGCGUUUUACCGAUGGUACCAGCUGGAGAAGACCAACCCUGGUGCAACACUAAGUAUGAGACCCGCCCCUAUCCCCAUAGACACAGACGCAGAGUGGAGACAGACCCCGCCUCCUGUCACCGCUACUUCUGGUACCUUUAGAUUACGGAGGGGAAGCCGCUUUACCUGGAGGAAGGAGUGCUUGGCUGUGAUGGAAAGCUAUUUUAAUGAGAACCAGUACCCGGACGAGGCCAAGCGCGAGGAGAUUGCAAACGCCUGCAAUGCUGUUAUACAGAAACCAGGCAAGAAGCUGUCGGAUCUGGAGCGAGUCACCUCACUGAAAGUGUACAACUGGUUUGCUAAUAGGAGGAAGGAGAUAAAAAGACGAGCCAACAUUGAAGCAGCAAUCCUAGAGAGUCAUGGGAUUGACGUACAGAGUCCCGGGGGUCAUUCAAACAGCGACGAUGUGGAUGGAAACGAUUAUUCUGAACAGGACGACAGUACGAGCCAUAGCGACCAUCAAGACCCAAUCUCAUUAGCGGUGGAGAUGGCAGCCGUCAAUCACACCAUCUUGGCACUGGCCCGGCAAGGCACCGGCGAGAUCAAGACAGAAGCUCUGGACGACGACUGAUCAAACCAUUCGCCUACGGGAAGGGUCAAACAUGAAAAUACUUAGACGUAGCACCUUAAGAAAUCUUUCCUCAGUCCUUAA